UCUAUCCAUUCAUUUUCUUUCUUUGAGUUUUUGUUCUUUUGUUUCCAGAGAGAAAGAGAGAAGCAGAAGUUGUGGAAUAAUCGGCUCUGUUUCUAAGGAUUUCUUGGUUCAACUUGAGAAGAUUGUUCAAAAGAUCUUUAAACAAAGAAAGAUCAUUUCAUUAUAAUACGAAGUUGGAUUUGGUCAGAGUGAGUGAAAGAAGAUGGGUUACAUGUGUGACUUCUGUGGUGAACAAAGAUCAAUGGUGUACUGUCGAUCUGAUGCAGCGUGUCUCUGUCUCUCCUGUGACAGGAGCAUCCAUUCAGCUAAUGCAUUGUCCAAACGACAUUCUCGUACACUUGUCUGCGAGAGAUGCAAUGCGCAGCCUGCUACAGUUAGGUGCGUUGAAGAAAGAGUCUCUCUCUGUCAAAACUGUGACUGGUCAGGCCACAACAACAACAACAACAAUCCUUCCUCAACAAAUAAUCACAAGAGACAAAGCAUAAGCUGCUAUUCUGGUUGCCCUUCAAGCUCCGAGCUCGCCUCUCUCUGGUCUUUCUCUUCAGACUUAGCUGGACAAGCUGUUUGUGAACAAGAAAUGGGUAUGAUGAAUAUAGACAAUGAUGGUCAGACCAACCAAAACUGUAAUGAGGAUAAGAAAGAUGUCAUCGAUGGCUCUUCAUCAAGGCUUGAAACCAGUUAUGCAGCAGAUUCAAACUCAUCAUUUGCUAAGGAUGUUGGAGUGUGUGAAGAUGACUUUUAUGAUAACUUGGGUAUGGAUGAAGUUGACUUGGCACUUGAGAACUAUGAAGAGCUCUUUGGGACAGCCUUUAACUCCUCAGGACAGCUCUUUGGGCAAUGUGGAAUCGAUAGUCUUUUCCAAAAGCAUCAUCAAGCAGCUCCUGAGGGAGGGAACUCAGUGCAGCCAGCAGAGAGCAAUGAUGAUUCAUUCAUGAGUUCUAAAACAGAGCCAAUAAUUUGCUACACAUCAAAGCCAGCACAUUCGAACAUAUCUUUCUCUGGAGUCACUGGAGAAAGUAAUGCUGGAGAGUUCCAAGAAUGUGGUGCAUCAUCUUCCAUGCAGCUCUUAGGGGAUCCACCAUGGUAUCCUCAAACAUCAUCACAGGAUAAUAAUGCUUGUUCACAUUCAGUGACUCGUAAUAACGCGGUUUUGCGUUAUAAGGAAAAGAAGAAGGCUCGCAAGUUUGAUAAGACAGUGAGGUAUGCUUCUCGCAAAGCAAGAGCUGAUGUGAGAAGGCGUGUAAAGGGGAGAUUUAUCAAAGCUGGUGAAGCUUAUGAUUAUGACCCACUCACUCCAACGAGAAGCUAUUGAAUGAUUCUCUUAACAAGAAAGGUUUCUGAAUUAUGGAGUGAGUUCUCAAGUCAGAAACUUGCAAACUGUGGAAACAAAGACUACUCUCUCUGGUUUGAGAAGACACUAAACUGAUGGUUUCUUGGAAGCAAUCAUUCAUUCUUGGGAUUUAAUCGGUUUUUUUGGGCGUCUGAAGCUUCAUUCUUGUUCAGAGGGUUCACUCUCUGCUGCUUUCAUGAGUUUUGUUCUUGACAGGGAGAUUUAGGGUAAAAAUUGAACAAUAAGAUUGUAAAUGCCUUUCGAUUUCCAUUUGUAUGUAAAUGCUUUUCUGUUUUGCACUCUGCCUUGUAAAUGAAAGACAGUAUCCAGAAUCUAUUAGACCAGUUAUUGAACAGUUUGCCUGAUGUCUC